UUCGCGACUGCAUAUCAGCUCGACAUCCUGCGUCAGGCGAAGAGAUGGUUCGUUGACGGGACAUUCAAGGUAAGUUAGUGUAUAUAUAGUUUAUAUAUUUAUAUUUUUCAAGUGGGCAGCUGUUUACAUGAACGCAUUCGUGGAGAGAGAGGGUGCCAGCAAACAGCUACCACUAGUGUUCGUUUUGAUGAGCCGUCGAACACAGGCCGACUACGAACAGAUCUUCCGGGCCGUAGUGGAACGCAUAGGCAACGUCGAGGUAGAAGGCUUCGUGGCAGACUUUGAAGUUGCCGUCUGGUACGCGGUUCGUGCAGUAUGCCCAGGCCGGGACAUGAAGGGCUGUGCCUUCCAUUGGAGCCAGGCAGUGUGGAGACGGGUCCAGCAUGAGGGCCUGGCUGAGGUCUACAGACGUCGCGGUGGCGUUUUCAAAUUUAUCCGCAUGCUGAUGGCUCUACAAUUACUUCCCGCUCCACACAUUCCACGUGCCUUCGAGACGCUAUUCGAGAGAGCAGCGACAGACGCGACACGCCGCCUGGUCGACUACAUCAGCCGGCAGUGGGUCCACGGCGGGUCCUUUGAACCAAGUGACUGGUCUGUCUUCCGACAGGACGUCCGUACCAACAACGACCUUGAAGGUUACCACAACCGCCUGAAUGGGAAAGCCGGCAGCGGUGUCGGUUUCUAUCGACUAGUUCCUCGUCUCAGACAGGAAUCUGAAAUGGUGAGGCUACUCGUUGAAGGCAGCGACCUCCACCGGAUCACAACAACGCGAUCGGCAAAAGUUCAGAAGUCCCUGGCUUCCCUCUGGGACAAGUGCGAGGCGAGAGAGUGCACCACCUCUGAGUUCCUGGCCAAGGUCGGUCAGGCGUACGGCGUUGUGCUGGAAUAAUGAACAUGCAUUUUGUCACGUUGACUGUGUAUUGUUUGUAGUUUUUCUUGUACAUGUAUAUUUUAUUAUGUAGUUAUGUUGUAAAUUAUGUUGUAUUUUGUCACGUUGACAGUAUAUUGUCUGUACUUUUUCUUGUAAAUGUAUAUUUUAUUAUGUAGAUAUGUUGUAAAUUAUGUUGUAUUGUGUCUCGUUGACUGUGCAUUGUCUGUAUUUUGUUCUCGUACAUGUAUUUUUUGUAAUAAAGAAAAUAAAAAAGUUCAUUCAUAAUGUAGC